AUGGCCGCCAGACUGGACAACUACGGGACAUUUUACCUUAUUGCAGGUGAGCAGCCGACCCCCGGCCACGACGUUGCGGUCAACCAUUCCACGAGAGACUUGGCUGCGGUGACCAUAGCAGACAUAGAGCGAAUCGCCAGCGCGAAGCUGGAGCUGGGGGUCCGGUGGUACUACAACAGCGGGGCCGACCAGGAGGAGACACUUAGGGAAAACGAGGAGGCCUUUAAGAGACUGCGCUUCAGGCCUCGCAUGCUGGUGGACGUAUCUAGGGUGAGCAUGGCGACGACUCUGUUGGGGCAGCCCGUUUCCAUGCCCGUCGGUUUCGCACCCUCAGCGAUGCACCAGCUAGCACACCCUGAUGGAGAAAUUGGCACCGCUAAAGCCGCUGAAGAAGCUGGCACGGUGAUGAUUCUGAGUUCGAUGAGCACCAUCUCUCUGGAGGAGAUUCGCCGCAGUGCCCCCAACUGCAUCCUGUGGCUGCAAACGUACCUCUACAAGAACCGCGCCCUCACCGAGUCUCUGGUGAAGCGGGCCGCGACUGCGGGGUUCUCCGCCAUCGUGCUCACCGUCGAUUCGCCAGUGUUCGGACAGAAGAUCAUGGCCAACAAGUACCGCUUCCAUCUGCCCAAGCACUUGAGGUUCGGCACACUGGAGGGCUCGCUUCCCACGGCGACUGUCAAAAACCAUCCCGACUUCGACGCAUUCGUCGACGACCUCAUCUCGCCCAGCGUAGUCUGGUCAGACGUCACCUGGCUGCGAAAUGUUUCCGGGCUGCCGGUUGUCAUGAAGGGCGUCCUCACGCCUGAAGCCGCCAUAAAAUGCCACCAGAGCGGAGCUGCAGCCAUCAUCGUGUCCAACCACGGUGGGCGCCAGCUGGAUGGCACCCCGGCUUCGAUCGACGUCCUACCCGAGAUCGUGGAAGCUGUGGGCGAUCGACUUGAAGUGUAUCUGGACAGUGGAGUCCGCACGGGUGCCGACGUGUCCCGGGCGCUGGCUCUAGGAGCUCGAGCAGCCUUCGUUGGCAGACCCGUAGUCUGGGGGCUCGCCUACAACGGCAAGGCGGGCGUGAGCACGGUGCUUGACAUAUACAGAUCUGAACUCGAGCGGACACUUCGGCUACUAGGGUGCCCCGACGUCAGGCAGCUAACUCCCGAGUUCGUCGUGCACAAGAGUCACUUUUCGUCGCCUCACCGCCGGCUGCACUUUUCUUCGGAAGGGGAAGACAGCAGAAGCAACGAGCCGGACUGGGCAACUACGGCAAGCGGAUAACUCUGAGACCUGCGAACAACUGUGGAUCCACGAGCACUGAAUCAUGGGCAGUAGUGCAAUUCCCAGCAGAGCUCAAUGCUAACCUCAACGGGACACCGACUUCAACUUGCCUAGAAGUGCUCUUAGAGGGACAUUCGAAAGCUAAAUUAAAUUAGUCUACACUGAUUAUUGUUUAGACCUACUCUCUCAAAAUAAAGUACAACACGGACUGAAUCUGCGCUAGUUGGAGCAUGCUUCAAGGAUUAUCCAGCGUUGUAAA